AUGAUCUACUCAAUCCUUAUCGUCUCGAUGGCAUUUGUCCAGUUGAUAGCUGGAAAUCUGGAGUCAGUUGCUGUGCAAGGUCGCUUGGUGUGCAAUGGACAACCAGUGUCUGGGGUUCGGGUUAAGCUUUAUGAUGACAAUACGUUGUCCCCUGACACGAAACUCGGCGAGGUGACCACAAAUCAGAAUGGAAAUUUCCAAUUGACGGGUACCUCAGACAAUUGGGUCUCCGAUCAGGACCCCAAGUUCAACAUCUAUCACAGAUGUGGAAUGACGGUGCCAGUUUGCUAUUACAAAUCAUCGUACGAUAUUCCCUAUCAAUAUGUAACCGUUGGCACUCAACCGCAACAGGUUUACAACGCUCAAACGAUCGAACUCUCAAUGUUGCCGAAAGAUCGUGACUGUUUGAACAGAAGAAAG